GGUAUUUUCAUCAUUAUAGGAUUUGCUAAGAGGGAAAAAAUAAAAGAAAGAAAAAAAAAAGUGAAGAUAUUUCUCUCCCAAAAUAACAAAAUAAAUUUGCAGACUUUUGCUGAGGUUUUAAAAAAAAGAGUCCAGUCUAUUACUCUAUUAUCCUCUUCGCCCACCGAACAAACACCGAAGUCCAACUGUGUGUCUGGUUGAAUAAACAUGGCGUCAAUGGCUGCUGUCACCGCUCAACUCACAUACCCCAAUCUUCACGAGUCUACUAAGCCGAAGCUCUCCCCGCCAUCAUCUUGUAUUCUCUCUUUCUUUCUCUAUUUUGGGUUUUGUGGGUUUCGGUAAUCUGUUGUGCUGAUGCUUGUGUUCCUUGUUUAUUGCAUAUAGAUUGUCAAUCUGUGAUGAUUUUUGUUAUUUUGUACGUUUUGAGAAAUGGGUUCAUUCAGAAGUGUCCUUUUUUAGAGAAAAUAAAGGAAACAGAAUUUAAAAAUUGGUGUCUAAUUUCAUUACUUGAUUCUUCCCAGUUUCACUUUAGCUAUACAGUUUCGGUCUUGAAAUGAGAAUUUGACAAAUGUAAUGUUGAAUUUUAAUGGGAGCUGCAAAUCUAGAUUGUUCCGUUCAACCAAUCAUACUGAUACAAUUGAUGUUUACGAGCUCAGAUAUACGUAAAACAAAUUGAUGAAGUAAGUAAUUAUCUAAAUGUGUGCCAUUUGAUUUUGGGGCUUAACUCUGCCUAGAGGAUUAUAUGCCAAAUUCUGAUAAGUUGAUGCUGUUGGAUAACUUGUCUUUGGAUUUCUACUGUGGCAAUGGUUCGAACCCCUUUUGCAUGUAAGCAAAUUGCUAAUUAAGAUGGGCGCCAUCCAGUUUGGACUGAAAUUGGACUUGGCACCAAUGGAUGUGGGUUGUUUCCGUUGCUUGGAUGCCUUUUUUAGCUUUGAAAAUCCCUUAGACUUCAAAUGGAAUUUCUACUUUCUUGGGUGGCAGGGGGCUAUGGCACCUCUGCUAUUCUUUCAUGGAGCUUACUCACUUGGAUUUCUGGUGACUCCAUUGCUUGGGUUUGGGAUCUCUGCAAACGUGGAUUUGGCACACGAAACUUAUCUUGGUCUACCUGUCACAAAAAUACCCGUAGACAGUUACAAAUUUGUGGUCUGUUUGGAGGGGGGAAAAAGGAUAAAAAUGAGGCGGGUGAUGAUGGUCCCGCUAAGGCAGGAAUUCUAGGAAACAUGCAAAAUUUAUAUGAGACUGUGAAAAAGGCUCAAAUGGUUGUUCAAGUUGAAGCAGUACGCGUCCAAAAAGAACUUGCUGCAGCAGAGUUUGAUGGUUAUUGUGAAGGUGAACUCGUCAAGGUGACUUUAUCAGGGAACCAACAACCAGUACGUACUGAAAUCACAGAGGCUGCAAUGGAUUUGGGGUCUGAAAAACUUUCCCUUUUGAUCACCGAGGCAUACAAAGAUGCUCAUCAGAAGAGUGUUUUGGCCAUGAAGGAGAGGAUGAGCGAUCUUGCCCAGAGUUUGGGAAUGCCUCCAGGUCUCGGUGAGGGAUUUAAGCAAUAAUGCAGCAGGAUUCCAAGACCAGAAAAUAUAGAGUGGAGGAAUUGUAGGCAGAUACACUUGAUCUUGGUUUUUAUUUUAACUUUUUUUCUUUUAGUAUAAAAAGAAGAAUUGACCAAUUUUGGCAUAGGAAACAUUAUGUGAUCAGGAUUUUCUCCAAUGUAUUGUUUGCUUUUUAUUUUAUUUUAUUUUUUCGUUUUUAUUUUUGUGUAUUUCAUUUUGGGUUGAAGAUGGGUUUUUUCUUGAAUUCAAAGAACUGAACUCUUCUAGUUUUGGCAGUUUGACGAAAUCCAUAUUUCAUAACGUCUAGACAUGUCUGUAUACAUCCAUAUUCUAGUUUCAAACCUGUGACUCUCUGGCCAUGUCUGGUCGCAAAACAACAUCCUUAUGAUUCACCCGAAGUCUGGCCAAAUGAUACUGUUCUGCAACUUCACAAAUACAAAUCAUAUUUACUUAUCUUCAUUUCUUUCACGGCGCCGAUAUGGAAAUUCUACAAAUCAAUUGCUUCCUCUUCGCAUCCAAAGCAAGAAAUCGGGGAUCUUCCAUGGAAGAAUCCCCCAAAAACCCUAAACAAAGACAUAAUUUUUAGACAUUCAUCUGGCUCCCUGCUAAAGCCCUAGUUUGAUUCAGGGUGCGUAUGCAUUUCUGGCGUACUUUGAUUUCAUUGCCAAAAAUUCAUCAAAGCCCCACCUCACAAAGUCUUCCAGAGAAGAUGACUAUGCUCAUCGCUGGGUUAUUUUUCGAUGUAUGAUUGACAUGAUGGUUUUUAACCUUGAUACGAAGCAAUUCCCUCUUGCUCGUGGAUGAUCGUGUGAUUGCAACAUUGUUGGGUACUUCCAAUGGCCUUGUUUGCGUUUCUGGGAGAAAGGGAUUCUUUUUGUGGAACAUGAUUACAUGUCUAAAAUUUAACAACAGAGCUCCAUUGUUCAGUUUGGUACCAGUUAAAGGCAAGUUUCUUCUAUUGCUGUUCUUGGGUUUUGAACUAUUCUGAAAGAAUCACAUCUUUUGCAGUCUUAUUGCUAUUAUUAUAUUGAUGAAUAGAUUAGAAUUUCCAGAUGUUAUACAUCCCAAUUAGAACAUGUAAGAGGGGAUGAAGAG